GCGUUGGACAAUGUGCCUGCAGCUAACGUGCCAUCCACGGUUUCCCCGGAGGCACACCCAGCUCGCGAGGAUCCCACAGAGGACACCCCCACAGUCGAUGUGUCGCAAACAUCGGGAACCAAAUCCUCACCGCCUUCGCCUCGCAAAAACCCGGCUCCGCUCCUGAUCAACCCACCAGGCGGCAUCCCUGCUGGUGGUGUUCCAGUUCCUGUCAACCUCGACGUUCGAACUGUCGCGCCCAAGCAGAAGCCCAGCAUUUGGGCUGUCAGCGACUCAACCAUCUUCGAGGUCACGCCGAAGACGGUCAAAUCAAAGACCCUGAACAACACGGAUGUGCCAGAUGUUUAUCGCGCCGCCCUCAGCCUUCUGUGGUUGAGGUCUCAAGGCACCGAUCAUGCGGCGUUGGAUGUCUCACCCUUACCUACACCACACUUCAAAAUCCUACCGAAAAGCAAACUACGUGUCCACACGUGGCUGAAUAAACCUCCAAACAUGCGCCUGUUCCAAUGUGACUCUGAGGCGCCGUGGUAUCGACCGGACGUGUUCAACCUUCAUGAUGCUGAGGUUACAAAGCGGCCCUCCCCCAACGAGAAAGCUCACACGCAGUUUGUCCGAGAGAUUCUUGCGGUAUUCUCACACAGCUCGACCACCAAGAUUGAUCAGGGUGUUAAAUAUGUCUUGGCCGCCAUUGCAUGCUGCAAUAUGGAAAAUGUCGAAAUAUCACCUCCCGCACCCUCUACUCUCGCUACGUGUGCUAAUGUCAAGAUAGAGAAUGGCCUGAGGGCUGCUCAUCACUACCAUCAGCUUCAACUCUGCACGAGCAACUCAGUGAUUUAUGGCAUGCUAGAGGCUAUCGCUACCCUUCGAGCCCUAUUCCGCCACACCGAAUUCAUCUUCCAACAACCUGAACAGCAGCAUGACAAGCUCGAACAGGAUUAUGCCAGCCUCACCAAAUCAGUUGGUGUGGGUCAGGUUCCACCGGUACAAUUUGGACUUCUGGUAGCCUUCCUCACAUCAGGCGUGAAGGGCCUCUUAAUUUUUCCCCGCGACCCUACCAGAUUUGGGCUUUGCAAACUUGCCCCCUUCUUAGUUCUAGUGAGCCAGUUGCAAGCCGAACGACCAAUCGAAGAACCAUUCUGGAAACACACCCAACAUUUUCUGCUCGAGAUCAUACGUGAGGCCCUUUUUCCACAAGGUUUUUAUACUGCAAAUGCCACACUGGAUGACCCAUCAAGUCAGGACGAAUGGCAUCCCAAAGAGUGCUCAAAGCUUGACCUUGCUCGUGCUAUCCAACGAGAUUUGGCUGCCUUUUGUGAGUUAAGGCCUCAACUGACGGGGGCUCCCUACCCCGAUAACCCUUAUGACCUACCUUUCCACCCAGUUACCACCCGGAACCAAGCCAGUAUUACCCCACAAGGCGCUGAAUAG